AUGGGACAGAUGCUUGCGGUGGUGGUCAACGAACAGCAAAACGAUUGGGACGUGCAUCUCCCGCCCGUAGAGUUCGCCUACAACAAUUCCGUGAACCAGUCCACUGGGUUUGCGCCAAAGGAGAUCCACAUCGGGCGCAUCCCGCGACUUCCGCUUUCGGUCUUCGAUCAUCCCACGGUCGGUGGUCAUUAAAGCUUUGCCGUCAACCAACUCGAGUAUUGCAACCUGGCUGUCGAUCGCUAGCGCCGGGCCUACGAUCUUGUCCGCGAGUACAACGCUCUGAAGACUUCGCGAGUCGAACGCCGCAAUUCAUCCCUGCUGGACGCCGUUCAGAAGCUCCCUCAGUUUACCGUUGGCGGGUGGGCUUGGGUGCACAACACGGCUGCUACGAUUCGGCAGGGUGUGCGGAAGGACACCGACCAACAGGUGCUCAAGGCCAAAUUCGCGCUUUCCUGGAGGGGGCCUUACAAAGUUCUUGCGGUGAGUCCCACUUCUUCUGCUGAAGCCACCCCGGACGGCAGCCCGUUGGCGCCUAAACUUCUCUACCUGGACCUGCCUUCCGAUCUUUCCGGCCCAGCAGCUCAAUGUCGCGUGUCU